CGCAGGCCCCGCCCACACGCCCCGCCGCGUCACGCCCGACCCGCUCGGUCGGCGCUCAAAUAGCCCAAGUCCCGCCCGCCUGCGCCCGCCGCCUCUUGCCCAUUGCGGGCGUUCGGUGACAUUGAAUGCGCCCGCGCUGUCACCGCCCGGGAGGCGCUGUCGGGUCAGCGGAGUAGGCGGCCAUGGGGAGCCUGCGCGGCCUGCGCCAGGCAGCGGGUACCUGCGUGAAACACUUUUGGUCACCUUUAUGAACUUUGGAAGUUAUUUUAGGUUAUAUGAAAGAGGUUCUUCCUCAUCUCUAAGACUUACCAGAAACUCUGAUUUGAAGAGAAUAAAUGGAUAUUGUGCCAAGCCACAAGAAAGUCCAAAAGCUCCAGCCUACACUUACAGCCACAGAGUGCCAUUACACAAACCUACAAACUGGGAGAGGAAGAUCCUGAUAUGGUCAGGCCGCUUCAAAAAGGAGGAUGAUAUCCCAGAGACUAUCUCGUUUGAGAUGCUUGAUGCUGCAAAGAACAAGAUCCGAGUGAAGGUCAGCUAUGCAAUGAUUGCCCUGACAGUGGCAGGAUGCAUCUGGAUGGUUAUUGAGGGCAAGAAGGCUGUCAAAAGAAACGAGUCUUUAACAAGCCUGAACUUAGAAAAAAAAGCUCGCCUGAGAGAAGAAGCAGCUCUGAAGGCCAAAACAGAGUAGCAGAGGUAUCUGUGUUGGCUGGAUUUUGAAAUUGCAGGAAUAAUGUUGCAGCAAUUAGCCUGUAUUAAAAAAUACGGUACGAGGAUCCAUUUCAUGAAAGUAUGGUUUGCACAGAUUUGUAAUUUCCCCAUUCCUGAUACAGUGGGACAAAUAAAUUUCUUUAAAGAAA